AUUCUGCGGAAUUUACAUUUGCGUCAAGGUCGUUUCGGCAAAAGUAAUAAGCAGGUGGUCUAUUAUUAGAAUUUCCAGAAAAGACCAAUUAUGUACUCAACUUCAAAAUGAUGCUUUGAGAACGCUUUAUAUGUCGUUCGCGAUACACCUCAAAUAAACAUUCUUAAAUAUACUUCCACUUGGAGUGUCAGGUUUUCUACGAAGCAAUCACUUCUUUGGCCUUGACUUUAUUUGGUAUUUAUGGUGGUUUAAGAACAUCUAAAAUGACAGAUUGGUUUCAUAGGAAUCACUUAAAGGCUACUGCUAAGUAUACUUUCGACGUUGGUGCAGUUGCUAAAGAUUUAAGCUGCAAGGCUCUAUGCAGUGACGCUGCAAAACGUCGUGUUGAACUUCUCAAGCUAAUAUCGGAUCCAUCAGUACCAUGUGAAGCAGUCAUUACUUCCUUGAAUCGAUAUUUACAGUUAUUAAUGGGAUUCAUUGUGGCAACUGAUAAUAAAACGCCGUUCAGUAAAUUAAGAGGUCUCGUUUGUGUGAAAUGGUGUGACAGUAUAAAGCCGAAGGGUGAACCAAUUGUUCGCUCAGAUUCUAUCUUUGAAUUAUACUCAGUACUUUUCAAUGUUGCUUUAUGGUAUACUAAACAUGCAGCAAAAGUUGCUUCUAACGAGAAUGUUUCAGAAGAUGAAGCCAAGGAUGUUCAUUUAUCACUUAAAACAGCUGCUGGAUUGUUUAAUUUAUUACGGACAAAGUAUAUGCAUGAGUUUACAGAAUUUGUUCCGAACAGUGAUAUGGAUCCAAAUAUUCUGGAUGCCUAUAUAAAUCAGUCGUUAGCAGAAGCUCAAGAAAUUACUGUUGCCAGAGCAAUUGAAUUAAAACAUAAACCAUAUUUAAUCGCUGGUUUAGCUAAUGAAACUGCUAAGUUUUACGAAAAAUGUGGUUUGGCUUUAACACAAUGUAAUCCUAAAGUUGUUGGGAAAUGGAAAAAAUAUUCAGAAUUUAAACAGUUCUGUUAUGAAUCAUAUGCGUAUGUUUACUAUGGUGAGGACUUAUUGGAAAAGGGAAAGGCAGGUCAAGCUGUGGCAAUUCUUAAAGAGGCAUCUGCUCCAUAUGAGAAGGCGAUUCGUGCUGCGCGUGAAUACACAAAAGUUGAAGGUGUCAGUUUGUCAACUAAACCACCUGAUCAUUGUUUUUUCCGUCGUCUGCCUGGACUAAUUGAACGUACACAUAAUAAAUGCGAACGUGAAAAUGGAUUAAUAUAUCAUCAGAAAGUCCCAAGUGUCGCUCCAUUUUUCGAAAUAAAAGCGGAAUAUGGCAUCGCAGCGCCCAAAGAACCUGAGCUCAAUUUUGAGCUAGAUCCCAGAUGGAAAGACGCUUACGUUGGGUUUGAUACUAGCAAAGUAGUGGAGAAUAUUUUAUCAAACUCCAAAAAUUCAAAGGAUCACAAACAUUCUGGAACCAAAGAUGAACCAGUUGAGCCAGUUCGUGAAAUGCCUAUUUUUAGUACUGAUAAAGAUCCGAAAAAUGACAGUGGAUGUGUCAUAUCGUAAUAUGAAUUUUUACAAAAUUAUCUUCGGAAUUUCGUUACAAUUUUAUCCUUUGGUUUAAAAAAAAUUUAUAUUACAGUAUGUGUAUUCUUUCUAUAAUUUUUAUAGGUUUGACAAUCAAUAUAUGUGCUAUGGUUACUAAAAAUGUGAUGAUCAUUAAUUAGCUUUUUAUCUUUAUUUCUAUUCAUGAUUUAUUUUCUUUCUUUUGUUAUGUGACGCGUACUCAGUCAUGAUGUUUUUGUUGAAUAUAUUGUAUAUAAAU